AUGAGUGUCAAUUUAACGAAGCAUGAAAAAGUUUUAAAUGAAGCAUUUGAUAGAAUUGCAAAUUCCCCUACCGGUGAUGAAUGGAUGCUCCUUGAUUAUGAAGGUCAAAGUAACAUCAUUAAAUUAAGUGAUCGAGGUACUGAUGGCCUUGAAGAGCUUGGAAUGAAAUCUUCUGCCACAAAACAACCUAAAGUUGUGAUGAUUCAUUGGCAGGGUGAAGGUGUUCCAUCUAAAAGAAUAUAUGAUACUACAGGUCAUGCAGAAGCCAUCAGACACCAUUUUCGCCGUAUUCAUGCUAUAAUUCAUGCUCGAGAUGAUGUUGAUUUGGAGGAAGAUUCAAUUCUUAAAGUUAUCAAUAAACUUGGUGGUGUUAAGGAAGAUAAAAAUAUUCAGGGUUCUUCUAUUGUUCCAUCAGAAAAAGUAACCUCUGUAUAUCAACCAAUUAAACCUAGUAGAGAUAUAAAUAUUAGUGAAAGAGACAAGUUUUGGAAAAAAAUGAAGGAAGAAGAAGAAGAAAAUAAAAAGGAGAAAAACAAUAAAUUUAAUAUAAUUUCACCAACAAUAAAAAAUAAUAAUUAUCAGGAGGUAGAAAAAAUUUCAUCUGUCUAUAAAAGAAUAGAACCUAGUAAAGAUAUUAAUUUAAAGGAACGUGAAGAGUAUUGGAAAAAAUUAAAUGAAGAAGAAAGUUCAAAUAAAAAAGAAAAUUGUAUAGAGGUAGAAAAUAAUUUGAUAAAAAAUAGAAAAAAUAUGUUUGAAGAAAAAAUUGGAUGUAUUGAGGAGGAAAAAAUAAAAAUUCCAUUAUCUACACCUGAAAAAUCUAAUCAAAUUAAUUCAACAUCUCCACAAAUUUUACCUGAACCUGUAAAAGAAACAAAUAAUAUUUUAUCAAUAAAUAAAAUUGAAGAAAAUUUAUCAAAUGUAAAAAUAUCAUCUUCAGCAAUAGCAUUAUGGGAUUAUACAGCUCAGGAUGAUAAUGAAAUAUCAUUUGAUCCUAAUGAUAUCAUUCAAGAGAUUGAUCAGUUUGAUGAAGGAUGGUGGCGCGGUCGUGCUCCGGAUGGUAGUUAUGGAAUGUUUCCAGCAAAUUAUGUUAAAUUACUGUGA